UUCACGACUACUCAGUAAUCUUCUCCUCAACUGAAUUUCUGUUGUAAAUUACAAUGUCCAUGUUAGACAAGUUCAAGAAGGGAGCGCAGAAGGCGGGAAUGCAAGCGACGGCCUUUGUGCAAGCGAGUUCAACGAAAGUGGCCAGCGGGUCAAGGGACUUUGUGCAUGGGUUCAGUCUUCCUGGAGAGGCAGAGAAAGCAGCGAAGAUUCUUGACAGCUUCUUGGCUGAUCCCGAACGACCAGAGUCGGCGCUCAACUCGAUUCCAAAGGCUGUUUUGCACCGUGCACGAGGAUUGGCCAUCUUCCAAGUCAUCAAGGCGGGCUUCGUCUUCUCAGGGAAAGCUGGCUCAGGCCUCGUCAUCGCGCGCCUCCCAGAUGGUUCGUGGUCCGCACCCUCAUGCAUCGCAACCGGAGGCUUGGGCUGGGGCCUCCAGAUAGGCGCCGAUAUCACCGAUUUCGUCAUUGUUCUCAACAGCGAAGACGCCGUCCGGGCGUUCUCAAUCGGCGGCAACGUGACCAUCGGUGGGAAUAUCAGCGCUGCUGCGGGUCCCAUCGGAACGGGCGGAAGUAUUCAAGCAUCAUUGGCGCAUCCGGCGCCUAUGUAUUCGUAUUCCAAGUCGAAGGGUCUAUUCGCGGGAGUGUCACUGGAGGGAACUGUCCUUAUCGAGCGUAAAGAUGCUAACCGCGAAUUCUAUGGCUCACCGGUGCCUGCUCGGGACAUUCUUGGUGGCCGCGUGCCUCCGCCCGAGGUAGCCUCCAGGCUUUACGAGAUCAUUGAAGCAGCGGAGGGAUUAGAUGAGUCGGGAUUGCCAGAAGCGGCCUAUGUUCCCACUGCCAAUGGAGACCACAUCCAGAUGAACAGAGAUGGAAAUCAGAUGGUCUUUGACGCUGACGGUCACUGAAUUCAUUAUUCGAUGGUGGUUCCACACGGAUGGUGUAGAGAGAACCACCAACCUUCUUUAUGGUUUCCUCAUUUUCAUGCCUUUACAUUUCGAUAUCCCCGUUUUGUCCUACCAUUCUCCACCUGUACAACCUGAUAUUACUUAAUGAACUGGAUAUUUAUCUGACAAAACAGAUCGAUUAAACCAUUUAGAUGAAUAGUAAGAUUACAAAGUAUAUACAAGAUCCGUACGGUAGGCUGAUCUAAAAGUACUUGUCCCAGAAUCCGAU